UUUUCAAGGCCAUCGAUCUAGCUUUCCAGCGCCAGAUAUGGCACCGACUCCAGCUCAAGUUACUGCGGUGGUUCUGCUCACCGUGGGCUGUACGGCCUUGGCUGUAGUCGCAUCGUCGCCCCAAGCACCGGUCGUCUGGCAGAGGGCGCACGCGACGUUCUACGGUGGAGCUGAUGCCUCCGGCACCAUGGGCGGCGCGUGUGGGUACGGCAACCUGUACUCUGAGGGGUAUGGAACCCGGACGGCGGCGCUGAGCACGGUGCUCUUCAACGACGGCGCGGCAUGCGGACAAUGCUAUAAAAUUGCAUGCGACCGCAAGGUGGACCCAAGGUGGUGUAAACCGGGUGUGACGGUGACAGUCACGGCCACAAACCUCUGCCCACCCAACAAUGCCCUUCCAAAUGACAAUGGUGGUUGGUGCAACAUACCACGACCGCACUUCGACAUGGCGCAACCGGCCUGGGAGAAGAUCGGCGUCUAUAGGGGCGGCAUCAUUCCUGUCAUGUAUCAGAGGGUUCCAUGUGUGAAGAAGGGUGGCGUGCGGUUUAAGAUCAACGGCCACGACUAUUUCAAUCUUGUACUUGUGACCAAUGUUGCAGCCAUCGGCUCGAUAAAAUCUAUGGAUGUCAAGAGCUCCGAUUCAAAAGAUUGGGCGCCUAUGGCACGCAACUGGGGUGCGAACUGGCACUCGUUGGCGUAUCUUAGCGGGAAAAUGCUCUCGUUCAGACUAACCAACACUGAUGGGCAAACACUUGAGUUCAAUAACAUUGUGCCAAGUGGAUGGAAGUUUGGGCAAACAUUUGCGAGCAAAGUGCAGUUCAACGAUUGAUUUUCACAGAUUGAAUAAUUUGGAAUUUACUGAUAUUGUGGUGCUUAAUUACUUGUAUAUAGCUAAAUACAAAUUCUUCGGUUACAGCUGUAACUCUACUGUGUGUCUAACAUCUUGUGGUAUGUAGUGUUUGUACAAAUUUGUAAGGUGUAAAUAAGAUACUAUUGAUUCUGUUGAUGAGUUACUUUCAAUUUUCUUGUAUUCAAA